GGAUUCACCCGCAAGGAAGGAGGCGAAGGAAUUUACGGGAGGGGACUGUGAGGAGAGGAGAUAGAUUGGAUAGCUAGACAGACAGAUAGGUCAAUUUCGAGGAAAGAGAAAGAGGGAGCGAGAGAGUGCGUGGGUGUCUCUGUGUUUCUGCUCUCUUUCCUUCUCCCUCCCUGUUUAUCUGUCUCGUUCCUCAUUUCUGUCUUUCCGCGGCUCUCUGCAAAUUUCAAUUUCAGCUUCCCCGAAUUCCCUCCGCAGAUCUCUCUUUCUCUUUCUUAUCUCUGAUCCUCCUCGUCGCCGGCGAUGGGUUUGUGGGAAGCUCUUCUCAAUUGGCUCCGCAGUCUCUUUUUCAAACAGGAGAUGGAGCUGUCCCUAAUAGGGCUUCAGAAUGCUGGAAAAACUUCUCUUGUUAAUGUCGUUGCUACUGGUGGAUAUAGUGAAGACAUGAUCCCAACGGUGGGAUUCAACAUGAGGAAAGUAACAAAAGGCAACGUCACCAUAAAGCUGUGGGAUCUUGGUGGUCAACCUAGGUUCCGCAGUAUGUGGGAGCGAUAUUGCCGUGCAGUCUCAGCGAUUGUGUAUGUGGUUGAUGCUGCUGAUCAUGAUAACUUGAGCAUCUCAAGGAGUGAGCUGCAUGACUUGCUGAGCAAACCAUCCCUCAGUGGCAUCCCGUUAUUGGUCCUUGGAAACAAGAUUGACAAGUCAGGAGCUCUUUCUAAGCAGGCUUUGACUGAUGAGAUGGGGGCUGAAGUCGAUAACUGACAGGGAAGUUUGCUGCUUCAUGAUCUCAUGCAAAAAUUCGACCAACAUUGAUUCUGUGAUCGAUUGGCUUGUCAAGCAUUCCAAGUCGAAGAAUUAAUAAAAGGGCAAUUGCCUGUCAGCUUGUUCAUCAAGGCUUUUAUGGUGUGUGUGAGGUAAUUGAAGAUGCAAAGGGAUAUGGGGCUGUGUAUCAUUCGCUUGGCGGCAACCUAAGUUUACAUCUAUUGUUUUCGUUAGUUCCUUCUCUUCUUCUUCUUUUGGCCGUCAUUAUGGGGUUGUUUGUCUGAGAUGUUCAUGGGUGUAUAUUAGAUUAUAUACAUAUUCUUGUCUGAUUUGUAAGGAUAUAUAUGGUUUCUUCUGUGUAUUGUCAUUUCAUAAGCCUUGCAACCGGUUGACAAAGAAUGUUGUGUUCUCAGUUCAUAACUCGCAAGGCAGGCAGCGACCUAUUAUUCACCAGUUAUAAGUACUUGUGAAGUGUAGAGGUUUCGCAUGUCGACAGCAGCUGUUAUCUUCUGAGUUUCACAUGACACUCUUCUCAAGGAAAACGUGGUCAACGGUGAAGGUAGGGCAAUAGCCCCUCAACCUUUGAAAUAUAGGUAAUAGUUAGAAAGGUUUUAGCUCCUCUCAUAAUUUCAAAAAAUUCAAAUUAGCUUUCGUAUUUAAAUUUCUUACUCUGUCGUGGUUAGCCCUUAUUUAGAUUUCUCUCUACCAUUGAAUGUGAUGGUGGUUGGUGUAGAGCCUGUUGUCUUCUAUUUUUUUUUUUUUACGAACAUCUUCUACUUUAAUAUAAACCGAAGCAGU